CUGUAAACAUUAUACCCUGGGAUUUUAAAAACAGAUAAAGGGGUUGUUUGGGUUAACCAAGUCUCUGUGAGGCAUAAGUAAUCGAUGUUUGAAUCAGUCAGUAAAUGUUCAAGUUGUUCAGUCUUUGAGAUAAUGCUACGUAUAUUCAGGUGUCCACCAAAAAUACCUUUUGGCUUCGUUUUUGCGUCCCACAACACGCUUGCAUGAUUUACAGUCUGAAACAGUUUCAUCUGCUGCUGUUUGAGGCUUGAUGUAGUUUGUGUGGGAAUUGGAGGAAUAUUACCUCGAGUUCCUGCGCCGGUAAAAGCAGCACACUUCGCCGGUCUAACGAUGUCAGGAUUAGCUGUUUGGCAAAUGUCCAAAGGCAUCUGUCCAGGACUUGGCUCGGCUCCGCGAACACCGCCUGGGCCACCCACAUCCGCGGGUGCUGCUCCCGACACCGCAGGACGUCCACCCGGCGAACCACGGCGAAGCCUCGGACCGUCCAGACCCAAGCGCCGCACAGAAGCACCACCAAGCCCAGGGCCGACAGCGGCAGCCACUGACACACUCCCCGCGGACGCGAGCCGCCGUCCCGCCGACGAGCCACGCCGAAGAUCCAGCCCGCCAUCCGCGCAAAAGCCAACCCCACUGGUCCAUCUCAGCUCGACGCAGGGAUUCACCCGAUCCACCGCCGGAUUCCUGCAGACACUGCCCGAGAGCACCACCGCCAGAGAUGCACCGGCGCCACAGGAACAAGAUCUGGAUGUGGCCGUCCCGUCAGUUCAGCCCAACUGAAGGCCUGUCGGUGCCAACAAGUGUGGAGAGAGACUCGAGCUGCCCUUGAACAGACUACGGAGCGGAACCAGCGUCUGGCAUAUUGCCGCCGUGUUCC